UGACAAAAAUUCAGAAAACGCAGCUUGUUCAUCCUGCUCCCACUCCAGUGGAGUGCAUCCCCAUCCCUUCCCAGAUUCCUUCCUCCAACUCCAAUCCGGCCAACAGAGAGGAUCCUGGCGCCGCCGCCGCCGCCGCCGCCGCCGCCGGAACCCUAACCCCUCCUCCCCCCACUCCCGUCGGAGCGGCAAUGGCGAGGCGAAGCAAAGGCGGCGGCGGCGGCGCGGACGCGGCGGCGAAGGGGGACGCGAUGCGGGCGGCGUGGCGCAGGGGCGCGGUGCGGCUCGUGCUCGUCGCCGCCGUCGCCUGGGGGGUGCUCGUCCUCCUCGCCCUCGCCUUCCACCUCUGGUCCUGCACCUCCUCCGUCUCCUUCCUCUCAGCUCUCUGUAAGAACGACAGCAAAGUUCUCUACGCGGUCGACCCAACGGGCGUCUCAUCGAAACCGCUCCACCGUUGCUCGAUACCUGUCGCAGAUGAUCCGGAUGCUGUCGUGAUUCCGAAGAGGACUCCAAAUGCGAUCGUCAAGAAGCUGUCGUAUCUAACAGUUGACAAACGGGACAAGGAUUCUCCACCGUUGUUUGGAGGGCGGCAGAACUGGAAGCAGAGGGAGGACAGCUUUAAGCUGAAUGCUACCAUGAAGGUGCACUGUGGAUUUAUGAAAAACAGCGGCGCAGACAUGGAUGAUGUUGACAUGGAGUACAUACAGAAAUGCAAAUUCGUGGUUGCCUCCGGUAUUUUUGAUGGUUAUGACAUUCCUCAUCAGCCAUCAAAUAUUAGCCUUCGGUCUCAAAAGUUGUUCUGCUUCUUGAUGGUGGUGGAUGAUGUAUCCCUUGACUUUAUUGAAAAGAACGUCACUGUCAGAGUCGACAGUGCAGGGGGGAAAUGGGUUGGUAUAUGGCGACUUGUAACAUUGCAUCGCCCUCCAUUUGAUGAACCUAGAAGGAAUGGAAAAGUACCAAAGAUAUUGACGCAUAGAUUGUUUCCUCGAGCUUGGUAUAGCAUUUGGAUUGAUGGGAAAAUGGAGCUUAUGGUUGAUCCGCUGCUUAUUCUUGAAAGAUACCUCUGGCGGGGUAAAUAUACAUUUGCUGUUGCUGUCCAUAAGCACCAUAGGAGCAUAUAUGAGGAGGGUGAUGCAAUCAAACGGAGGAAGCGAUAUGCUCGGCCUUUGGUCGAUCUUCAGAUGAAGAUGUACUAUCACGAGGGGAUGGAGCCUUGGGAAGCAAACAAAAGGAUGCCCAGCGAUGUGCCAGAGGGAGCGGUGCUGAUCAGAGAGCACACGACGAUAGCUGAUCUGUUCAGCUGCCUCUGGUUUAACGAAGUCAAUCUUUUCACACCUCGUGACCAGCUCAGCUUCGGCUAUGUGCUUCAUCGGCUCGGAGAUGCUCUUAAACUCUUCAUGUUCCCCAACUGCGAGUACAAUUCAUUGUUUAUCUUGCACAGACACACAAGGGAGCACUCGUCGAAGGUCGAGUGGGCUAAGACGAUCGACGAGAUCGUGAAGAAGGGAUUGAAGGAGAGCAGGGGAGGGUUGGGGCUGUGGACUCCGUAUCCUGCGGACCUCAGCUCUGUUGAACUCCCCGCUGUAAAAAGAACUUCACAGGCAUCAUGAUAUUUUGUUGUGUAAAGUAGAACACUCCUUUUUUGGGGUGGUGUAAGCAAUGUAAUUUGAUGUAGAUUCUGCUGCAGAUGAGAUAGGGAUUCACUAUAGGUUAGUUCUUUGAGUUCUGUUACUUCCAGUACUCUGACAAAAGUUGCAACAUUGGUCUGUAACUGUAUGUAAAAAAUGUCGGUGGAAC